AUGACUAAAGCCAUUUGGAGAGUGCAACUACAGCAAGAAAUUAAUGGGGAAAAAAUGAGUGGUGUUCCUACAAAAGAAGGAUGUGUUAUUGUGACCAGUGGAGGAAACAUGCAAUGUAAUAACAUCUACCAUGUAUUAUGUUGCGAAUGGGAUUCUAAUGGAAGCAAAGCAAGUCAGGCAUUUGAAGCUGAGAUAAGAAAAUUGGCUAAGGUAUCGCUGAGGAGACGGCAUGGCCAUGGUAGUAGUGGUGGACGUGCAGGGCAUGGUAGUCCACUAAUGCAGCACAGGAAAAAUGAAAGAUACAUUCAUUCUGGAUAUCAUCAACAUUUACAAGGGGCCUCAGGUCACAACUUAGAAAAGUCACUAUUCAUGCAAUUUAAGCAGAAAUCUAGGAGGAAUGGUGAGUGUCAGAUGAUGAUUGGUAAAAUAUUGGUGCAGUUACAGGAAGGAGAUAUCACAAAUGACACCACUGAAGCUAUAGUUAACAGCAGCAAUCCCGACCUUGACCUCAGAUUUGGAGCAAUAAAAUCUCUCGUUGGAGGUUCUGAUAAUUCAACUAGAGUCAAGAUCGAUACCAUUAUUCUACACAUAUAUGCAGAUAGCCAAGAUGUUAUCAAAGACGCUGUUACCAAAAUCGAUAAAUUAAUGGAGUCUGAAUCCAUUGACACUACUAUAGUAAAAGACACGGUAAAGAGGCUCACGAAUGAAGACAUGGCUGAAAUAUACAUGGUUGCUGAGCCAUUGCAGGUUAAAGUUGAGCUCGUAAGUACUGGACGUGUCGGUCACCUACGAAUACAAGGAAUCACACAAUCUGUCAUGGAAGUGCAAAGUGCUGUUAAUGUAAUACUAGAUCGUAUCAGUGCCGAGGAGGGGAGAAAGCGAGAAAGAAUGCUCCUUGCCAAAAAUGUUAGAUGGUUGUUCCGUAAUUGGAUUGGAGAUUUUGAAGAAUAUGAUGAUGAAAUCUGUGGAAUGAUUGAACAGGCAAGAAAUUCUGGAAACUCCCAGGUGGAUUUCAAAAUGGAAGGAGGCACCUACAGAAUUGUUUUCAGUGAAAUGAUUGAAAAAGAUUUAGAUGAUUUAUCUUCCACUGUUGAAGUCAAAAGAGAAUUGAAAGAAGGUGGAGUACCACUACCAGCAAAUUGGACCACAGUGGCCGAUAAUGAAUCUAUGAAAGUAGAAGAUAUACCGGUCACAUCUACUGAAUACCAAACUGUUGAGACACGAUUCAAAGCUUCACUUGGUGGCACUUAUAGCAAUGUAAUAAAGAUUGAACGUGUACAGAACCCAAGAUUAUAUCGACAAUAUGCGAUCCUUAAACAAAACAUGGAUGCUAAGAAUCCUGCGGGAACAAUUAAUGAAAAAAUUUUAUAUCAUGGUACCAGUGGUGACAGUGUUGUUAAAAUUAAUCAUGGAGGUUUUAACAGAAGUUUCUGUGCCACUAUGUAUGGUGCUGGGAGCUAUUUUGCUCUAAAAUCCGAGUACUCUGCAAGGGACACAUACUCACCAGUAGAUCCCAGCGGUCAAAAGCACGUCUACCAGUGUAAAGUGUUAACUGGUGUAUUCACUGUUGGUUGCCAAGGUCUUCUUGUACCACCUUCUAGGAGUCCAAACGACCCAACCGAUUGUUAUGACAGAGCUAACGGAGCUCUCACAGAUCAAAAGAAAAAGUUGAUAAGUUUUGGAGAUGAAUUUACAGUCCAAUUAAAAGUCUCUGCAUGUCCUCUCGAAAUGGAAGCAAGAUACUUAGAAACAUAUGCCACAGAAGAGGCAGAUGACGUAUCUACCUGUAAUGUACAAACUGAUUCGUUGCUACAAACCCGCUAUGAUAAUAGUAACCUACCACUGAAAGGAAGGACGUUGGAACCAAGCUUAAAUGUACAACCAGAAAACAAAGACAGUUCAAGUAAAAUAGAAAUAUCUGAAGACCUCAAUUGUACAAUAGAAGUGACUGGUUUUAACCCAGACACUAGUGCAGAAACCAUAGAACUGUAUUUUGAAAACACACGUCGGUCUGGAGGUGGAGUUGUCACUGAAUGUCGACGGAGAGGUAACAAGUUCAUAGUGACUUUUGAAAACCAAGAUGCUGUGAGAAGAGUAUUGGAACAACCCACCCAUGUUGUGAAGCAUAAGACAUUAUUGGUGCAAAAAGCAGAGCCAGAUAAACCGGAAAUGAACACUGUUAAAGAAAUAGUUGAUGUAUUAGAUGAUAAAACUAAUUGUACUAUAGAAGUGACUGGUUGUGACCCAGACACUAGUCCAGAAACAAUAGAGCUGUAUUUUGAUAACAAACGUCGAUCUGGUGGUGGCGAUGUCAGCGAAUGUCGACAGGAAGGUGACAAGUUCUUUGUGACUUUUGAAAAUGAGGAUGUUGUGAGAUGUGUAUUGGAACAACCCACCCAUGUUGUCAAGAACACAACGCUAUUGGUGAAACAAGCAGCAAAGACUGACAUAAAAACUGUUGAAAACGUUGAAGAAAUAGUUGUUGUAUUAGAUGAUGAAACUAAUUGUACUAUAGAAGUGACUGGUUGUGACCCAGGCACUAGUCCAGAAACAAUAGAGCUGUAUUUUGAUAACAAACGUCGAUCACCUAAUUGA